AAUGCGCACAGGAGCGGUGAAAAAAGGAGCCAGAAGGAGAGGAGGGGGUCGGCGUUUAACGUUCAUAAGAGUCUGGAUUUGACGGUACCGCCGAGGUUCUUAACAUACAAUGGAUCUACAACCAGAGAAGACCGUAAGAAAAAUGUACACGGAUUUAAGGAGCGACAGUUAAGCCAUUUAAGGAAUAAUUUAGGUAAAUUUAUUUUAGAGGACAGCAAUUCAAGGACAUGAAGGAGAAAAUCUUCUUUUGAUUUUUAGUGAAGCAGCUGAGUAUGCAUAUUUUGAGGAUCGUUUUGUCGGGAAACGGAGAAAGACCGAUUGGACGCAAGUUAUAUGGAGACGAUUAUAGUCACGUGCGCAAGCCUAACUUUUAAAAUGCAUUUUGCUGUCUUUUCUCCACUUUUCGGCGAUAUAAUUCUUGAAUAAAAACGGCCAACAACAAGAUGGAUUAAGAUAUGAAAUCUAUCAUUUUCCUGCGAUGUCAGUAGCCUCCUAGUGUGUUAAUUGUUACUUUUUUCUUUGAAAGGCUUUGGGUUUCUUCCGACACGAUGACCCCAGAAGCACCGUUAGCGGUAAUCUGUGGAAUUAUAAACUAGCAAAAUCCGAAGGUUAUUUCAUGAAAUUAGCGCUUUAGAUGUGUAUUAUAAUUUUUAUAUAGUGUGACGUUAAAUUAAAUAAUUGUUUAAACCACUUUAAUCGUUAAUUCGCUUUAGUAAUUAACUUGUUUUUCGACCUGAAAUUGCCCCUAAUUCCAGAUAGUCUUUGAUGGAGUUUUAUACCGCUCAGCAGGCCGUGGAUAGGAUCAUCCCUCUCAAUCUGCCUGGCAUACUGUCUGAUCGCUACCGUUCCACUGUGGGAUCAUUCAACUUCCAGUUUACAACAGACAGACGACAACGAUCCCGUGGCUACUGUUGGGACAGGCAGCUUGGCGGAGUGUCUGGAGCUGGAAGUGGAGCACUCUGAAUUCCUAUUCGGUGGAAUUUGUCGCUGAAGCUGGAAUAAAAAGCCAUAUUCCUGCCUUUCCUCCCAAAGAAAGAUAACCACAUCCUGCAUCCUAUGCCCGCUUAACAGCGAACAGGCAUGCAGCUGAACCGACCAAGGAGCGCUCUAGUCAGCUUUACUCCACCGCUGCUGCCCUCGGAGACACACAAUUCUUUUUCCAGCCAGUUCAAAACAAUGCGGUUUUCAUACCACAUAAGCGGUGGCUUCCCAAGUCCACAGCCUGCCUUGCGGAGAAUAGGCCCGUCCGCGUCCAGUCCUCGGCUCCUGACUAAGAGUCUGUCCCUGGAGCCAGGCCCCUGCCCAGGAGACCACGAGACCCCUCAGCGCCUCUGUUCUGAUCCUGGGCCCCUGGGGCCCCAGCACUGCAAUGGCACGAGUGAGAAUGGGCCUCAAGACCCGCUCCCUCUGCCGCCUAAGACACGCCCACCCUUACCUGGCCCCAAGCCACAAGUGCCCCCAAAACCACCACACCUACAGCAACCGAACACCCGCAGACCCCGCCCACCAGAAAAGCCACUCCCACCACCCCCAUCUCGGCCACUCCCUGCCGACCCUCGCCAAUCACGGACCACACUGCCACGAGCUGAGGGAAGCUCCUCCCCAACAUGUGUCCUUUCGCUCAUCGAGAGAUUUGAGAGGGAGCAAAUCAUAGUGGUGCCUGACAUCACUGGUGGAGUGAUGUGUCUUCCACGGGUCCCCGAACCACAAUCAACUGUGGGGGCUUUUAUCCCGCCAUCCACGGGGACCGUCCUGCCCUGCACCACCCUCCAGGGGACCCUGGAUGCUCCGCUAGCUAAGGCCGAGCAGGAGCAACAAGAGGAGGUGGAGGAGGAGGUGGAGGAGGCACGAGAGGAGCAUGAGACCCAGUCGGGUACCUCCUGCUCCUCCGAGAAGCGCCUCUCCACAGAGUCCGGUUACGGUGCUUCUGAUAGAUUGCUUGACUCCAUCGAGGUAAGGGACCUCAACCAAUCGGAUGUCCCCUCUGAACGGCUAUCCCUCCCCCCGGUGCAGACGGACGUCAAGCUGGCCAAUAGGGACAGCGGCAUUGACAGCAUUAGCUCACCCUCCCACAGCGAGGAGCUGUGCUUCGCCACAGACGAGGAGCGAGUUGGGCAUGAGCGGGAGGCAUGCCCGUGCAGCUCGGCCGUCACCCUUCCUCGCCUCUCAUCUUCUUCCUCGUGCGGCUGUGUGGAAGGUCCAGCAGGAGAUGGUGUGAUGGUGGCAGCUGAGGGGGGCGGGGACUCGGAAGGGGGCGGGGACUCGGAGGGUGACAGUGACUUGGAGGAGGGGAGUGGCGAUGAAAGUGAGAUGAACCCCAUGGCUCUGCAGCCUCUGCCUAAAGCAGACAGACAGGACUCUGUUGAGCUGUCAGUCCAGCAGCGAGUAUUUAACAUCGCCAAUGAGCUCCUCCAUACAGAGAAGGCCUACGUGUCCAGGCUUCACCUCCUCGACCAGGUGUUCUGUGGGCGGCUCAUGGAGGAGGCCCGGGUGCGUGGCUCCUUCCCCUGCGAGGUGGUCAUGGGCAUCUUCUCCAACAUCUGCUCCAUCUACUGCUUCCACCAGCAGUUCCUGCUGCCAGCGCUGGAGAAACGCAUGGAAGAGUGGGAAGCGAACCCGAGGAUAGGUGACAUCCUGCAAAAGCUUGCUCCCUUCCUGAAGAUGUACGGCGAGUAUGUGAAGAACUUUGACACGGCCAUGGAGCUGGUAAACACCUGGAUGGAACGCUCCUCGCAGUUUAAAGCCAUCAUUCAUGAUAUUCAGGAGAUGUGUGGUAACCUCACCCUCCAGCACCACAUGCUGGAGCCCGUGCAGCGGAUUCCGCGCUACGAGCUCCUGUUAAAGGACUAUCUGCACCGCCUGCCCGAGGAUGCUGACGACUCUAAAGACGCACAGAAAUCUUUGGAGCUGAUUGCCACAGCAGCAGAACAUUCCAAUGCUGCGAUCAGAAAAAUGGAGCGCAUGAGAAAGUUACUAAAGGUGUAUGAGUUGCUCGGAGGAGAGGAGGACAUUGUUAACCCGACUAACGAGCUCAUCAAGGAGGGACACAUCCUAAAACUGUCUGCCAAGAAUGGAACUUCCCAGGACAGAUACCUUAUACUGUUUAAUGACAGGUUACUGUACUGCGUCCCCAAACUGAGACUGAUUGGACAGAAAUUUGGAGUGCGGGCGAGGAUUGAUGUCGACGGAAUGGAGCUAAAGGAAGCAAGCAGCAUGAAUGUCCCACGGACGUUUCUAGUGUCGGGAAAACAGCGCUCACUCGAACUGCAGGCCAGGACUGAAGAGGAAAAGAAAGACUGGAUUCAGGCAAUCCAGGCUACUAUCCAGAAGCACGAGCAGACUGUUGAGACAUUCCGGAUGCUGAACAGCUCGGUGCGGGAAGAGGACUGCACACCUCCCAGCUGGCUGAACUGCACGGAACUCGGGAAACGCGCACCCACUCCAAUCCGGGAAAAAGAGGUGACACUGUGUAUGAAAUGUCAGGAGCCGUUCAAUUCCAUCACCAAGAGACGCCACCACUGUAAAGCAUGUGGACACGUGGUGUGUGGGAAAUGCUCGGAGUUCCGUGCACGGUUGUUGUACGAUAACAAUCGGGCAAACCGUGUAUGUAUAGACUGUUACACAAUGCUGGUGGGGGUCCCGCCCUCUCCGGCCAGCCUGACCAAUAGUACUCAACGGAGACGUUCCAUUCUAGAAAAACAGGCCUCUGUGGCAGCUGAGAACAGUGUACUCUGUAGCUUCCUGCAUCACAUGGAAAAGAGCAGUGGGCGGGGCUGGCAGAAGGCGUGGUGCGUCGUCCCUGAAAAUGAACCCCUGGUGCUAUACAUUUAUGGUGCUCCCCAGGAUGUGAAGGCCCAGCGUAGUAUUCCCCUCAUUGGCUUUGAAGUCUCCCUGCCUGAGUCAUGUGACCGUCUUGAGCGUCGCAACGCCUUCAAAAUGAGCCAGAGUCACCUGACCGUUUACUUCAGCGCGGACAGUGAGGAGCUACAGCGACGCUGGAUGGAGGUCCUCUCGAGAGCUGGAAAAGGGGAGGAGCUACAAGCCCAUGGCUCAAUCUCUGAGGCCCUGGAAGAAGAGGGGGAGGAGCCAACCUCUCUAGGAGAAAGCACAUGACUGGUUGAUAAAUAUAUCUUUUUGCACACAUAAACUGUUCAAAUUUGACUGCAAGGACACUAUCUGCACACAAGCACCCCUACACACACACUCACACACACACACACACACACACACACACACACACUCACUUUUACACAAAAUUGUUCUAGUUGUAAGUUGCAUGAUAUAUCUACAGGUACGUUUCUCUGUGUAUUGCUCAUCUUCUGUGAGUGUGCUCCUCUACACGUUGCGUAUCCAAGGACAUGUCAGAUACAGUUGCCAUGCUUCACAUCUGCAGCUAGUGACUUCAGUGUUAGAUAGAUCCACUCGUUCUGCCGGCCAUGGCUUUGUUGUUCUAAAUGAGUGAUUUUCUUGACAGGGUUUUCAAUGCUUGUAAAGUUGUACAUGUUGUUUGAGGAGAAAGCCAGUGGGUUUCACAGCAUGAUUAGGCAAAUCAGUAUCAAUACCGCUAUCGAGUUCAGUAUUGCAAAGCCAGUGGUAAGAAGGGCUGGCUAUGCUUAAAUUUGCUGUAAGAGUUUCUUAGAGAGGUAAGGUUUCUUAGAGAGUAAACAGGCUGCACACAUAAUCAAGAAGCCCAGUUUCACCCCAAAAUAGAUUAAACAAUAGUAUGGAAUUCUAGUUUCUUUGUCCUAAGAUUACAGCAUUUAAUAAUAGUGGGAAUACACCAAUGAGAUUCUGGAAUUGGGGAGUUCUCUUAAAUAUGGGAUGCAUGUAGAAUGAAAAUUUUUUUGAAGGGUUUUGCCAGAAUCACAAAUCUUGUGCCUCUGAAGUUUGUCAAGGUGACCUUUUACCCAUUUGUGAUCAGUUUCUCCCAAGCAAUGCAAACUAUAGAACUUGGUUACACAUUAGCAUAUGUAAAACAGGCAGCUUCCACAAGCAACGUUUCCAUCAGACUAGCUCACUUCCGCCACUCUGUGGAAGUUUACUGUAUUGCAGCCUAAAGCUACAUGAUUUUCUUAUUCGACCUCAUGCAGAUAAACAAAAGGAGUGUCUCGUAUAAUGUAGCACAAAGUAGUACAACAGAAAAUGACCGAAUCAAAUCAUAGGGCUCUAGAUAUAUGUGACCGCAUGUGUGAGCAAGUCUCCUGCUUCUCUUUAGAAAAUAAGAGACUGUUCAGUUGUGCUUGUAAGUUGUAUACACGGAGACUGUUGUUUAACAAGACUGGAUAUUGGGAGACUUUAUAUAGAGAGAGUGAGUGAGAGAUGUAACAAGGGUAUUUGUGUAUUGGGCCAGUUUUUAUCAUUCUAACAUCUGUGAUAGCUCUGCAUUACUGAGAAGGGGGUUUUUGAUAAGAAAAUCGAGAGUAUAUAUAAAUUAAACAUGGUAAAGGUUUUGAUGACAAUAUUAAGCGUUUUAAACAGUGUUGUAUUUGUGUAUGAAAGUGGUAGAAGGUUAAAAGACAACUGCAUUUGUAAAUAUAAUUUAUUCCUCAGAACCCAGUUUUGUGGGUCAGGUUUUACGGACAAGCUUGGUGUUCCCUUCAUUAUGUGCUGUUUUGAUGGAAGUCAGAGAAUCCUGUGGAGACUAUCAAAAGCCAACUUCUUUUUUUUCACCAAUUUUAUCAAAACGUCGGUACGCAGUGUUUUAAAAUAGAAUUUAAUUUUUUCCCCUCCUCAUUAAAUCGUUUUUUAAAAAUGGGCCCAGUGUGAUCUCCAGGUCACUCACGCGGAACCUCUGUGACUGUUUUUGUUGGACGUUGGUUUUUGACCUUGCACUCUGUGGUCGAAAGGGCCUGAUUCAAAGUGAAGCACGGCCAGUCCGGUUGUGUUUCACGGUUCAAGUGACCUCGUUGUUGCCUGCUCAGCUUUUGUUGUCACUCUGGACAAAGAUGUAAGAGAAAUGAGCAAUUAAAUGAUAAGGGUAGGGCUGAAAAGAUUGAAUCACUAUGGAAUGGACAUUUAAACGGUCAUUUAAAGAGUGAUAUGUGUAUGCUUGUCUGGGGAGGAUUGAGUGGGUUGGUGUGUGGGUGUGUGUGUGUGUGGGUGUGUUCAUGGUGCAUAUUUAUCAUUGUCUAGUCUUCAGUUGAGCCUGCCACUCCUUCACUCAUGCCAACUAUCAGCAUCCUCACAAAAACGCGUGUUUUUCUUUGCCUGUUGUUGGAAAGCAUGGUUUUGUUUACCUGUUUUUGUUUUUUUUUCAUCUUCAUUAUGCCAUAUCAAACUACAUUUCUACAUUAGACUUUAUUCAAUUUUUUUCUUUUUGACAAAGUAUACUUCAGGAAAUAUCUAUUAUUUUGUGUGUUGCGUUGGUCUGUUAUCAUGUUUUUACCACAUAUAUUUAUUGUCUUUUUUUUACUUUAAGAACUUCUUUUCUUACAGUUCUUGCUUUGACAGCUGAUGAGCAAGAAUGACUGUGUGCAGUGCAGACCAAAAAUACAAGAUAUUGAAAUUAUGAAGGAUGUGCAGAGAAUUACAGCCAUCCUCAAUUAGUUCCUUAUAUCCUGUAUUUUACAAAAUAUUUUGAACUGGUGCAUGAAUUUUGAUUUUGUAAAUACUGAAAAUCGAGCAUUAUCACAGUAUAGUUUUGUCAUUCCUGGUCUACAAACUCCUCCUCUAAGCUGUGCUGGUAUUAUUAAGCACUAAAAUAUAAUUUGAUGUGUCAGGACACAAGAUUAAACUUUACAGUAUGCCUUAGGGGAUUCCUAUGUAGUCUAUUUUAACAGGCAUAUCUUUGUGAUUGCACUGUUUUGCAUAUUUUAACAAAAGACGUCAGAAUAUGUAACAUUUCAGUACUUCUGAACAACUGUUUCAGUUGAGCACUCCUUCCAGUUUGAUGGAUUCCUUUAUUGCUGUUGCACAAUGAAAUUGAUGUGAAAGUGAUGCAUAAUCACAGGAGCAGCUUUGCUGAGCAAGUAUUUAUAAAUCACCCAUUGCUACGACAGGACAAUUAAGCUUUCUUGCAUAAUGCCUUACCAAGGUAUUGUAGGCAAAGCUUUUAAAGAAAGCAGUGCUGUAGGUGGACAUAUCCUUUUAGUAUUGUUCUGGCUUGUAGGGUUAUCUGGCAAUAUUGCUGUUAAUCUACAUGUUUUUAUACUCCAAAUAGAAGGUAUCUUAAUUAUUUUACACAGACAUACAGAUAUGGAAAUACUGAACCAUAUAAAAUCAAGUGACAGUGCUUCCUAGGUACUCAACUGCACAUGGACUUAGGAUUAAAGUCUUGUCUUGUCUUUGUUGGACCAAAGAUGGGUGGAUCUAAACUGAUGCGGUUUUUUUUUGGUUUGUUUUUGUUUGUUAGAUCACUCCCCUGAUGUUUUUGUUUUAUCUCAUCUCUAAUGUUUUUGUUUGAUCUCUUUCCUAAUGUUUCCAGACAGUUCUAAUAACAUCACAGUCACUUUGCAUUCCAUUCAGUGCUCAAUCAUUCUUAAGAUAAAUUGGCCUCGGAUUUAAAUUGUUUUUUUUUUUUUUCCCUAGUGGAUUAAUUGCUAACAUCCUGCCUGUCUGAACACAGAUAAUUGGCCCGGAUAAAUGUGUGAGUGUAAUGAGGUUGGAUUUGAAUGAUGGUUGAGCAUGGACAGGCUUGUUUGCGGUUCGUAAUAAAUGGUGAUCUUAAACAUGUGCCAACACCUGAAAACCUUACUGAAGUCUGGCAUCAUUACUGAAUGAGUAUGGCAGUAUUAUACGGCGUAUGGGAGUAUUGCUUCUUUUAUCAUACCAGUGUUAAAGCUGCCUCCAAGAAAACAGGAGAAAACUGCCAGAUAACCCCAAAAAGGAAGUAUUAAAAAAUGUCACUAUGUUAACCUAUUUAAAGAAACAAACAAAAAUCUGACAAGAAAUUAUCAUAAACACUGUUGCAUUAUGCAAAUCAGUCAUUCAUUUCCUAAGUAUGCCAAACAGAAUAAUUUUCUUUGUUUCCAUCUACAUUGAAUCUGUAUAGAUUUGCUGUACACAUGAUGACUAUUACUGUUAUUACAAGUACUAUUCUAAUUACUAUCAUUAAUUAUAUUAGUGGCAGGCCACUGGGUACCAUUGUAUGUUAAUGAUCCAAUGAAAUCUGUGCAAGAUCAUGAAAUUGUUUAUGAAUUAAAGUAAUAAAAGAAAGACUUGAGUGUCAAAAUUCACUUCAGAUUACAAAAUGCUAUGUGUUUU